GAAUUAACACCAGAUGGAAACAACCAGAUCCUUUUUGGAAACUUGAUACGGACUGAUGGGUUUGUUGUGGAUUUUUUGUUUUACAAAAGAUGUCAAGCCAGUUACGGUCCUUCUUUGCAACGCUUUGAGUUGACUCUUCGCGACUUCACUUUACCAGAAGUAGCAAAGGAUUAUCAUCCAAUUUUUGUUGACCCUGGGAGAAAGUCUGUAUUCACUGCUGUAAGUGGUUUAAACGAGUCUAGGCACCCAAUAAUCCGCUGCAGUACUAAGGAGUAUUAUCAUCUUACUGGUUCGACUGUUUUUUCUGCCCAGCAGCAAUUUUUGAAAAGUCAAAACGGAAUAGAGGAUAUUGAAUCAAGAAUCCCCACAACCAAGACAUCAAACCCGGAGCGUUUUUUAGACUAUGUUCAAUAUCUGUUUGAUAACAUAAAUACUUUAUUCAACUUUUACAAUUCCAGUACUGCAAAAAAACGCUUCCAACUUUAUCAAGGGAGGCAAAAAGUACAAGAAACUAUGGUCAAUAUGCUUAUAAAUGGCGACACCAAAUAUAAUCGAAGUAGGAGAAACAAGAAGAGGCAGAAAAAGAAGAAACAAAAGAAGAAAAGAAAGAAGAAACCAAAUAAGAACGAUACUAUCAAGUAUAAAUAUUUUCUACUUGAAUAUAUUCAAACAGUUAUUAAUUCAAUUUUUUUUUCUUUAGAGAAAAACUGA